AUGGGUAUUGAUAUCAAUGCAAAGCGAAAGAAGAUCAUGGAACUCUCUAUGGAUAAUGUCGAUGAUAUCCCAGACAAAGGUCACCAGCGUUGUCCCUGUGAGGCAGCUGUUAUUGUGCCGAGGUCCCUUCAAUCACCAAACGUAGCUGCCGAGGCGCUGAACAAUGAGCAUGGAAAUCCUGCGACUUCUGGAUUCCCAUCAUCUUCUGAAAACGCACAACAUUUUAGAGAAGGAGGUAUUAUUGACAGCGAAAGGGGAUCCUCCAGGAUAAAUCUGGCAAUGACUAGUGAAACACCAAACAGGAUACCAGAUAGUGCGGGACUUGGCAUUAAUCACGAACAACCUCAAGAUGAGUCGAGAGAAAACAUGCAACAACAUGCAACACCAGUAGAAAAUGGAACUAUCGACUUUGAAGCAAACGAUAUCGGGAUUGAAGACCUCGAAAAUCCUAACUCACGAAACAGCAGUUUGCCCACGAACAUCCCUUUAAGGACAUACGGUGUGUCUUUGAAACGAAACCCUACUUCAGAUUUUAACCACAACCGAAGUCGGAGCACCAGCCACUCCCUCUUACCAAGUCCCCAAACCGUUGAAAGACAUCAAGCAACCUUCUUGUACAUGAAACGAGUCUCAUUGUUUUUCCUUUCAUUACUCCUGACUUGGACCCCGUCCACUAUCAACCGCAUCCAUUACAUUUCUAGUCCGGACAAACCAAUGUUUGGUUUGAGUCUUUUGGCUGCAGUUGUUCUUUCACUGCAGGGCUUCUGGAACUUAGUAGUAGCCGGUACAUACUACGAAAUCUUAGGCCAGGAGGAGUUUUUGGUAAACCCAUUCAUUGGGUAA